AUGUGGAUCAUCUCAGGCCCAGCAAGCCUCUGUAAGAGACCAGUGGCUCUCCGGGCGUUUGGGCUGAGAUCUUACUCCACCAAAACCUUUGAUCCACUUCGCAUUCUCUUCUGUGGCUCCGACGAGUUCAGUAUUGCUUCUCUGAAUGCUCUCCAUGCAUACCACUUAAAGCAUCCCGAACGAGUAUCCUCAAUAGAUGUCGUUUGCCGGCCAGGGAAACGAGUGGGAAGGGGUUUGAAGGAGAUUCGAGAAGUACCGAUUAAAGCGGCCGCCUCGGCUCUCUCACUUCCUAUACACGAGAUCGACACAUUUACCGGCUGGAAGCCCCCAACCUCUCCCAGCGGCCCUAUAAACCUGAUUAUCGCGGUAUCGUUUGGCCGUUUUGUCCCGCCGCGCAUACUCAACGGAGCGAAGUACGGUGGACUUAAUGUGCAUCCCUCAUUAUUACCCGAUUUCCGUGGCCCUGCGCCCCUUCACCACACUCUCCUCGCCGGUGAGACCAAAACCGGCGUGACGGUUCAAACAUUGCACCAUGAAAAUUUUGACCACGGAGUCAUUCUAUCACAAACGCCUGCACCUGGAUUUGACGUGCCCAACCCAGACUCUUGUACCUUUCAAGAGCUACAGAACCUUGUUGCACCGAAAGGUGCACACAUGCUUGUGGAAAGCAUCGAGAACGGAUCUUAUGUGCCCCCGCUGAAAAAUGCAGGAUGGCGCUCCACUGAUGACACGCGCAAACUGAUCCACGCGUCCAAAAUCACGCCAGAAGAUAGACACAUCAAAUGGGCAGAAUGGACCUCGGCGGAGAUCAGCAGGCGCAGCCGCGUGAUUGGGCCUCUUUGGAGCAAAGCUUUUUGUGGAAGCAAGGCUGCCAAUGCGUCUACGGCAUUGCAGCAAAAGCGAGUAAUUCUUACUGACACUGAGGAGAUCGACCCUCCUUUUGAGUGCCAGUCGCUCCGCAAAUUCCCAGGUCUUCCGUUCACAAAUGCUUCGCCCUCGGAUGAACCGGGCACUGGUGAGCUCUACGUGUUUACUGUCGACGGAAAGGUACAUCGAAUCAAUCGCAUGAAAGUCGAAGGAUAUAAAGACUCAGCUGCCCUGCCAGCUGCUCGAAAGGCUCGCAUGCUAGGUGAUCGGGCACCUCAGUAUGAAAACGGGGAGCUAGUACCCUUCCACAACAUGUUUGUAUAA